AUGGUAUUGCGACACGAUUCACCUGAUGAAGAAAUCCUCUCGGGACUUCUGAAGCACCCUUCGUUUGUACGAAUGGCUGGGCAUGCAUCAGGCAUCUUUGGUACCUGGGCACCCAAGAUGCACGCAUACUACGCAGACCACCUUCACCGCCUCAUGGACCAUGACAAGACCCUCACUCGGAACUUUGAGAACAGCAUCUUUUCAGCAUGCGCCUUCAACUUUGGCCCACAAACCGUAUGCUACCGGCACCGCGAUCACGCCAACCUCCCAUUUGGCUGGUGUGGCAUCACCGCGCUUGGUAACUACGACUACAAAUUGGGUGGGCAUUUGAUCCUUUGGGACCUCGGCCUGGUCAUUGAGUUCCCACCUGGAUCAACAAUAUUCAUUCCCUCAGCCGCGCUAGAGCAUUCAAACGCCUCCAUUCAGAAGCAUGAACGCCGGUAUUCGUUUACGCAGUAUACGUCAGGUGGAACAUUCCGAUGGGUUGACUAUGGCUUUCAGAAGGCUGACGUCUACCUGGUGUCACUUUCAGAGGAGGGACGCCAGGCAGCCGCUCAGGAAGGUCGUGAUAGACUAGCUUUUGGUCUCUCACUUUUCUCCACCCUUGACGAACUCCAGUAG